AUGAGCUUUCGGUUUUGUUUUAAGCUCAGCAGUUUUUGUUUUCCCAUCGACAACCAUAUUGGUGCGACUGUUGGCGAGGUUGAUGAUAAUGGUGAAGAGCCUGUCGAGUUUGCCCUGUAUUGGGAUCUGAUCCGUGAUUGUUUCGACGGCAGUCGGCAACCUAGCACUGGAUUCGACAACAUCGCCGAAACAAACUCGUCUCACAACGACCCAGUCAAGGUAGAGUAA